AUGACCGACAACCAACAUCACCACCAUGGUCUAGAAGAAGAGGAGGAGAAAUAUGAUGCGAGUGCUGGGAGAAAUCAGCUGCCGCUAAACAGUCAUGACACGGAAGCGCGUCAAGAGGAGAACAAUGGUGAUCUCUCACGCACAGCGACGACUAAGAGUGGCCGAUCAGGCCUUAGCAGAUCUGGUACAGCGCUUGGCCGUAUCCUUACCGGUGUCAAGGUGCGAAAGCGAGAGGGCCACGAAGGUGGUGAAGGAAACGUCUUCAUUGUCGACUUCCAGGGUGAAAAGGAUGAGUUGAACCCUCAUAAUUGGAGUUGGGGUGCUAGACUUUACAUCACAUUCCUGGUUGCCAGUAUCGGUUUUGUUGUCGGUGUGGCUUCUUCGAUUGAUUCGGUCGCCAUCCAGCCUGCAAGUCAGGAGUUUGGUAUCUCGGAAGUCGCUGAGAGUCUUGCUACUGGUCUCUACCUUAUAGGCUUCGGAGCUGGAGCCCUCUUUGCUGGCCCCUUCUCGGAGACACUAGGUCGCAAUCCUAUCUACAUUGUCACCUUGCUUGUCUACAUGGCCUUCCUUGCUGGAGCCGGAGCAUCGCAAACGUACACUCAGCAGUUUGCAACGAGAUUCUUUGCUGGCUUCUUUGGAAGCACCCCGCUUACAUGUGCGGGUGGUUCAUUGUCCGACAUCUGGAAUGCAAGCGAGAGGACACUCAUUUAUUUUCCACAUUUACAACUUUUUUUGGGGCCCAUACUCGGACCUGUCAUCGGUGGUUUCAUCGUGCAAAGCUCUAUUAUUUCCUGGAGAUGGGUCGAGUGGAUUACCAUCAUCAUGUCCGGACUUGUAUGGAUUCUCGUCUUCUUCACGCUCCCAGAGACGUUCCCUCCUAUUCUCCUCAAGUGGAAGGCUGCACAUCUGCGCUCCAUUACCAACGAUGAUCGUUAUCGAGCAGAAGCCGAAGUACGGAUGGAUCCUUUCUUUACCCGCCUCGGACGUGCUUGCUACCGACCCUUCCUACUCACUGCCACCGAACCCAUCAUCAUCUUGAUCGCGCUCUAUCUCACCGUCGUUUAUAUCGUACUAUUCACUUUCCUUGAUGGCUACGACUUCAUCUUUGGCGAAAUACACGGUGUGAGUAUUGGCAUCCAGGGCCUAUGUUUCUUGGGCAUCGCAAUCGGUCUAUUUCUGGCUACACCCUUGGUGUUCGUCGUCCGUCGAAUCGCGGCCAAGGAAAUGCAAAAGGCGAAAGAAAAUGGCAAGGACAAAGUUGCACCAGAGUUUCGUCUUUGGUUUGCCAUGUUCGGCGCACCUGCCAUUCCCAUCUCCCUAUUUUGGAUGGGCUGGACAUCAUACCCCAACAUUAGCAUCUGGUCUCCUCUUGCGGCCUCUGUACUCUUCGGUUAUGGCAUUCUUUGCAUCUUCAUCAGCAGUUAUCAAUACAUCAUUGACGCGUAUGAGGUCUAUGCGGCUUCUGCUUUGGCAUCUAUCACGUUGAUCAGAUACGUGGCUGCUGGCGGUAUGACAAUUGUGGGAGUGCCGUUCUACAAGAAUCUGGGUGUGCACUACACCUGCACGAUCCUGGCGUGUAUCAGUGCUGUAAUGGUACCGGUGCCUUAUGUCUUCUUCUUGUAUGGACACAAGAUUAGGGCAAGAAGCAAGUAUGCUCCUUCUGAUUGA